AUGGAGCUCGCACACUCAGAAAUCAACAAGACAGAAACAGACAAGUUUCUGAACAAUUGCUGUGGAACACGGAGGAAUAAAACUACAAGAUAGAGUGUCAGGAUUGUUGGUGGGACAGACUUAGAAGAAGGUACAUGGCUAUGGCAACCUAGCUGGCAAUGGGAUGGGACCCAUCGCUGUGGAGCAACUUUAAUUGAUAGGAAAUGGCUUGCGAGUGCCGCUCACUGUUAUAGAACAUAAUAUAAGGACCCAGCCAGAUGGACUGUUUCCCUUGGGGUAACAAUAAAGCCUCCAAAAAUACAACAAGGCCUCCAGAGGAUAAUAGUCCUUGAAAAAUACAAAUAGCCAUCCCCUGACUGUGAUAUUUCAGUUGCAGAGCUUUCUAGCCCCCUUUCCUAAACAAAUGCAGUGCAUAGAAUUUGUCUUCAGGGUGCAUCCCAUGAGUUCAACCCAAGUGGUGAGAUUGUGACAGGAUUUGGAGGACUGCAAAAUGAUGGUAAUAGUCAAAAUCAUCUUCGGCAAGUACAAGUGGAUCUCAUCGAGACUAAAAAGUGUAAUGUUUACAAGGAUACCAUAACCCUUAGAAUGUUUUGUGCUGGCUCCUGGAAAGGAAAAAGAGAUGCAUGCCAGGGUGACUCUGGAGGACCCCUGUUUAGUCCAGAUGCUAGAGAUAUCUGGUACCUUCCUGGCAUAGUGAGCUGGGGAGAUGAAUGUGCACAACCCAAUAAGCCCGGUGUUUAUACCAGAGUGACUCUCUCUCACUGGAUUUCUUCCAAAACUGGUAUCUAA